AGCAAGACACGAGUUUUUGUUUAACUCAUUUGAGUGACUUAACAAAUCUUAGGUUUAAAACUACACAACUUUUUUAGCUUUUCACAGGCUCAAAGAAAAAAUAACAUUAGGAUGACGUCAGUGCCCGUGGAGAAGUCUAAAUCCUCUGCUCCUUUAAAAUCCAAGAAAAAAGCUGUUAGUAAAACCUCCAAACAAUGUGUCAAGAAUAAGGAUAAUUGUAUAUUGAUUCGCUAUCGCCACCGCAAACUUCCAAGUCGUGACGAGAUCCGUUUGCUGCAUCCGAAUAUCAUAGAUGUACGAACUCCAAGACAGAAAACCGCUAAGUUUUGUCAAUUAGAAUUUGAAAGCAAAGAGGCAGCUAUUGAUGCCCUGAGAAAAUUAAGGAAAACACAAACAGAAGAAUUAGCACUUAUCCAGUACCUUGGGAAGAAGACACCAAGUAAGCCUCCAACGAAGGAAGAAAAUCAAUCUGAAAGCAAUACUUCAGAUGAUUACUGUGAAGAGGAAACUUCAGUUACAGCAGAAGAAGUUUUAGAGGACUCUGAAGAGCUUCUGCGAUGCCCAUGUCUCCUUGUUAGUGGCUUGCCAGAUAUUGCUGUUACAGAAGUUAUCAAGAGUCUUUACCCGACAAACACCAAAGUAGAAAUUGGUGAAAAAAAGCUCAAUGGAAAGAGAUAUGCACUAGUUCACUUUGGGUCAACCGAAGAAGCUGUGCGGGUUAUGGAGGCAUCGAAAGACGUGAGCGUCAACGGAGAAAGGUUAAUGGUCAAAUUCCACAAAUGAAAUUGUGCGUCUGCUGAGAGAAUGUCUUGCCUUUCCCCGUCAUUCUUGGAAUACACUUAAACUGCAUAA